AUGGCUCCUCAAAUCCUCACCUCGAUCUACCCGCCUCUGCCCAAGGCAAGCUACUCGAACAUCUUUGACUAUGUCAGCUCCGAAUCCGAGUCGUCGCUCGCCGACAAGGUGCAGUUCGUCCGCCAGGACGGCAAGCAAUUCACGACGCUGCGUUCCAAGCCACAGAGAGAGAGCGGCUGGUACGCCCCUGCCGCGGUCUCGGGACCGGCAGCGAGCCGUUGUCAGCCUCGUGUUGUCCGCGCACAAAGAUGGCACGGCACGUUUGGUGUCGAGUGGACGGACGAGCGAGUUGGCGCCAAGCGCAGAUACGUAGCCGAUGCCGGCCAGCCUUCAGCUUUGCGAUCGGUGAGACCGUCUGUCGAUCCCUCCCUCGCGGAUCGCUGCACGGGCUCAGAUGCACUUUGCGCCACGGCCGCUCACCGCUCCCACGGCGCGCGUCUGAUGGGCGAAAAAAGAACGCGUGCCGAUCUGCGAGUCCAAUUUUCAACCUCAGUUAGCGCUCGCUCGCUCGCCUCUCAAAGCUCCACUCAAUUUUCGAGGGAUUUUUUUUCGGGCGGAGGUCCGGCGACGCUCGCUCGCUCCUCUGUGGCUUUCCAAGCGAGGAUCGCAGAGGGAUCGUCACCAUCACAUGGUCAGGUUGUGCGUGAAGCGCGCCGCUUGGCGUGGACGCUGAGGCACAAGCUCGGCCUCCAGCCCCGUCAGCGCGUUGGUGUCAUCUCGCCCAACCACACCAUGUACCCGAUCUUUGUCUUUGCCGCCGAGGUGGCCGGUCUGGUCACUGCUCCGGUCAACCCAGCCCUGACUGUCGGCGAGCUCGCCAAGUCGCUGGAGCAGGCCUCGGUCGACGUCGUCCUCGCCCACCCCUCGUGCCAGGACAACGCUCGUGCUGCUUGGGAGCAGGCCAAGGCCGCCAUGGGCCGCCUCUCCGUCUCGGCAACCUCCUCUGCCGCCACCGACGGUCUCUUCAUGUUUGACGACGCCGACGAGCUCGUCACCGGCGCUCAUGGCGAACCCGACCUCCGCGCACAGCUCACCGACAACGAGCUCGAGUCGUAUCGCGUCGAGGACCCCGCCAAGGAGACUGCCUUCAUCAUGUUCUCUUCCGGCACCUCGGGCUCCGCCAAGGGUGUCGAGAUCACCCACUCCAACGUCAUCCACAGUGUCAUGGCCCUUGUCGCCACCCACGACGACUACUUUGGCCAGAAGGACGUCCAGGUCGGCUUCCUGCCCUUCUACCACAUCUUUGGUCUCAUCAAGCUCAUGCACCACCCCUUCUACCUCGGCAUGAAGAUCGUCAUCCUGCCCAAGUUCAACCUCGACCUCUUCUGCGAGAAGAUCCAGGAGUACCGCGCCACCGCAUCGCUCGUCGUCCCGCCCGUCCUCCUCCAGCUCGCCAAGAGCCCCGUUCCGGAAAAGUACAACAUGACGAGCCUCAAGUGCGUUCAGUGCGGCGCCGCUCCUCUCUCGGCUGAGCUCUUCGAGCUGCUCGAGAAGCGCUACCCGGGCAUGGCGGUGCUCAACGGCUACGGCCUCACCGAGUCCCUUCCCUCGGUCAUCUGCUCGGGUCCCAAGGAGCUCCCCAACUCCAAGGGCGCUGCUGGUCGCAUUGCGCCUGGUGUCGAGGUCCGCCUUGUCUCGGAGGAGGGCCACGAUGUCGGUCAGGAGCAGGGCCGCGAGGGCAACCCUGGCGAGGUCUGGCUGCGUGGCCCCACCAUCAUGAAGGGCUACCUCGACAACGAGGACGCCACCCGUGACGCCUUCACCGAGGACGGCUGGUUCAAGACGGGCGACGUCGCCGUCAUGCGCAACACCGAGAUCUUCAUCGUGGACCGCAUCAAGGACCUCAUCAAGUUCAAGGGCUUCCAGGUCUCGCCCGCCGAGCUCGAGGCCGUCAUUACCAGCCAUCCCGAGGUCGCCGACGUUGCCGUCUUUGGUGUUUGGUGCCCUGCCCAGAUGACCGAGGUGCCGCGCGCCUGCAUUGUGCCGCGCGAUCUCGCGCUGCUCAACAAGCCCGACGAGUGCAUGGAGCUCGAGAAGCGCGUGCGCACCCACAUGGAGAAGCUCGUCGCCGCACACAAGAAGAUCCGAGGAGGCAUCGAGUGGGUCGCCACCAUCCCCAAGUCGCCCUCGGGUAAGAUUCUACGACGACUGCUUCGCGACGAAGCCGCACGCGAGGCUGCCAAGUUGGAUGCCCAGAGCCAGCUGCGCUCCACGCUCGUCACCUCGCUCUCGGCCGUCAACGCCAACAACAACGCCAAGAACGACGAGGAGGCCAAGGAGAGCAUCUUUUCGCCCGUCUCGCCCGUGGCUGCUGCAUGA